GAAGUGAAAAAAACCUAGUAGGUACCCGAGUCUACGAAUAAAUGAAAUAUUGAUAAUAAAUAUGACAAGUAGGAAGAAUAGUUUUAAAGGCCCACGAAUGAAUUUUAAAGGGCAAAAUGAGCCAACGGAAUCGAAAGGUACGAAACCCAUUCGUGAAGCAGCAUCGAUACUCGAAGUUUUAACGCUAAUGAUAGUGCACAUUUGUAAAAAGCUACUUUUCUUCGAUACGAAUUUAAAAAUAGCUCUAUAUUUAGGAGCUCUUUUCCUGCUUUCUUUAAUAGCCGACGUACUCACUUUCCCAAAAUCAUACUUUUCAAGAAGCGACAACAUAUUCAAUCAAUAUUUUGUCAAGAUUGGAUGGUUUUGGACCCUAUUUUUAACAGUGCCUUAUGUAUUGCUGACAUCUUACACUACUUGUUGCGGUAAGAAAAGGCUUCUCGCUACGGGCCAUUUAUCGAGAUUACUAGUUGCUACAGUGUUUUGGUACAUAUGGACCACAAUGUUCAAUGUUGUUGAAACAAAGUAUGGACGAUGUAAUUCAAGAGGUUUUGAUGAUAAAAUCUCUUGUUUAAAAAAUGGUCACUUUUGGAAUGGGUUCGAUAUAUCAGGACAUUGCUUCAUAUUAAUAUAUUCAAGUCUUGUGAUGAUAGAAGAGGCUCGAGCAAUUGUUGGAUGGGAGAGAAUAAAGGAUUACAUCAGAGAUGAGAAAUACUCCCGCAGUAUAGAUGACAGAUCAGCCAGUAUUAAUCCACUGAAAAACCUUCCUACAGACGAGUUAAACAUUUUGAAGACAUCUUAUGAGAGCUUCACACCUUAUGUCAGAGCAUUAUUGAUUGCCAUUGCACUGUUACAAAUACUAUGGGAUGUUAUGCUGGUGUCAACUAUUCUUUAUUAUCACAUCAUGGUUGAGAAAUUCAUAAGUGGUGUUAUUGCUAUAUUGACAUGGUUUGUGACCUACAGAGUUUGGUACACCCUACCAGGUUUAUUACCAAAUUUACCCGGAGAAGGUAUAUUUAAGUACAACAAAGAAAAGGUAACUACUACACCGGUUUAUAAGAAAAGAAUGAGCACUGUUAAUGGAAAACAUUUCAUGGGCAUGCCGAUAAAUAAAGGCCAAGAAAGUGGUGAUGCUCCCAGUGACGACACUAGAUAGACAACAAAGAAAUAAUUUGAUGGGUUCUUCAUUAAGUAUUUUAAUUUAAAAUGGUGUGGUGCUAUUUAUCAUUAUGUGUGUGUAUUCAUAUAUAUUGUGUUGACUUUUAAAUUUAUUAAUAUUUUGCUAUGGUUCCAACAUCUAAAUAUUAUUUUACCCAAUCACACAUCACAACAAUUAUAUUACAUAUCAAUACAUGCAUGCAUCAGAUAGUUGAUAUUAAGUUUGAUUUAAAUAAUUGAUCAUAAUAUUAUAAUAAUGCUGGACUACCACACCAAUGACAUGAACUCAAACUAGGGAAUUCCCUGUUCGAUGAGUACCAGAGUAAUAUAAUUCACACUAGGUCAUUACCCAGAACACCCAAACCAGAAAUAAUUUAGAAAAGUUCAAGUCCCAAAUUGGUCCCACUGGGAAUUGAACCCAGGACCUACUCAUCCAGUGUCCACAGUGCAAACUGUUGGUCGACCGAGACAGUCUUUAUGUUUUGAAGUGUUAUGCUCCAUUAGGUUAGGGUGGAUGGGUAGUUAUAUUAAAAAGAAAGGACGGGUUCACUAUUGUUUAACUUUAAUGCUCAAACUUACUUAUAAUAAAUUUUCUUGUCUCAAAUGUAAUUUGACAAUGAGUGAGAAAAAUAAAGUAUCUGUUCAUAAUAUAAUAUUUACAAUUGCAAAAGCAGAACAUACUUAUUUUGGCAUUUAUUACUUUUACACCAUUUAUACCAGUUUAAUGAAAAAAUAUUAAGUAAUUAAAA